GUGUCUGUAUGGCUGGCAGGGCGAGCUCUGUGAUCAGUGUAUUCCUCACCCCGGCUGUGUUCACGGCAGCUGCGUGGAGCCGUGGCAGUGUCUCUGCGACACCAACUACGGAGGACAGCUGUGUGACAAAGAUCUGAACACGUGCGGUACGCUGCAGCCGUGUCUGAACGGAGGGACGUGCAGCAACACGGGGCCCGACAAAUACCAGUGCUCCUGUCCCGAGGGCUUCUCCGGGGUCAACUGUCAGAGAGCGGACCGUGCCUGUCUCUCCAGCCCCUGUCUGAACGCAGGCAGCUGCGUGGAGACCGGUCAGGGCUUCGAGUGUCUCUGCGCCCCCGGCUGGACCGGACCGUCCUGCUCCACCAAUGUGGACGAGUGUGUGGUGAACCCCUGCAGUCACGGAGGAACCUGUCAGGACCUGGUCAACGGCUUCAGGUGUCGGUGUCCUCCUCAGUGGACGGGGAAGACCUGCCUCAUCGAUGCCAACGAGUGUGACGACAGCCCCUGCGUCAACGCCAACUCCUGCCGAAACCUGAUUGGAGGAUACUUCUGCGAGUGCGUCCCCGGCUGGACGGGUCAGAACUGCGACACCA